AUGGUCAUGUCGCUCUGCUCCGUACUUCUGGUGCCUGAAGAUGUCCAGGGCCAAGCCGUAGUGUCCGUUCCUGUGUACGGAACAUGUGACACCAUAGUAGGCAGUACCGCUACUGUCCGGUUGUCGACACCUCCGCAUGCAACUGUGCAAGUUUCAGCCUCAACGGCGCGUCGUCGCCAGGUUGGUGUCAAUGAGUACGACUCGGGGUCUCCCGGCGAAUGGCUCCGUAAAGCUGUUGUCGGUGUCUCCAACGGAAACUACGUGACCGGCCACGUUAGCGUACGCCAUGACGUUGACUAUGCGUUCUUCGUCGAUGGAAAUCGCCGCAUACCCGCCAGUGCACGUGCCAACAUUGGCGACCUAUUUGAUGCUGAUCCUCGCCAUACAAACGAGACAACGGAACCGCCUAGUGGCGAAGAAACCGAGUGGGACGAUCUCGAGACACUGUUACAGUCGAUUAGAGGUGGCGCCAUGGCACCCGAAGACUCCCCGAAUCCAAAUGCGACGUAUCUAGCCGCACCAGCGCUAUCCAUCAAAAAGAACCGGGAAAACGACCUGCUCCGUCGACAGAGCAACGGGAGUCCCAACGACGACGAGCCCUAG